AUGGAAUUUUCAGAAAAUCACUUAGGAAGAGACUUUCAGUUAACAUGUGAUUGUCAGAAACCUGCCGUAAGAAAGAUCGCAGGUUCUUCAGCUAAAAAUUCUGGAAAGCCUUAUUAUAUCUGCAAUCAAGAAAAUCGAUGCAAAUUUUUCGAAUUUGAAGAAAAAGCAAUAGAAAGACAUCGAAAUCUUGGGGUAAUUAACGACAGUAAUCCUUCUCCUUUACUUUUUAACAUGGAUCAACCAAAUGUAGCCACCCAUUCCGCUGUCAAAAGAAAAGCCACUAGUGAUGAUGAUGAUGAAAUUAGUUUUUGGACUAGUGCUCCCAAGAAUAAGGAUGCAGGACGUAGCUUGUUUGAGAACAAGGAUAAAACCAGGUCGGCACCAAAUGUCAUACAUAUCCAACAUACACCACUUGGACCUGGUAAUGGUCGCGUCACGAAUCAUAAAUCUAUGGAGUUGUCAAGAGCUAUCACCGAACAUAUGAGCCGACAAGAUCGACUGUUGUUAGCAUCCAAUAAACGAAUUAAGUUUUUAUUGGAUGAAUGGAACAGUUCUAAAGAUGAAAUAAAGCGCCAGAAGCAAGAAAUAGAAUAUUUAAGGAAUAGAAUCCAAGAGAUAGAAAAUGAUCGUUCUUCGAUUUCCCAGACGUACGCAAAUGAAUUAUACAAAAAUAGGAUAGAUUUAGUUUCCUCAAACGCGUACAAUACUCAACUUCUUAAAGAGAUUGAAACGUUGAAAAUUUCGAAAGACCUCGAGAUCUCACGACUUUCACAAAUGGUGAUUAGUUAUGAAAAACAACUUAAGGAUGAUAAUGAUCAAAUAAACAAUCUUGUCAUUCAAAACAAUCAUUUGGCAGAUGCCAACAGAAGUUUGGUCCAAAAGUGUUCGCUUACAAAUUCUCAGCCCACAAACUUUCAAGAUACUCAAGAAUUUAAACGACUCAGCGAAGAAAUUUUGAGCUUGAAAAGUCAUAUUUUGGAACUCGAGAAGAGUAAUGAUCUUUUAAAAAGAAGCUAUAAUAUUGCAAAUUUGGACAUUGAUCCUGUCACGGCUACUAACGAAUACAUUGUUAAACAUGAGCCAAUUGAUUUAAAAAUUGAACCACGUGAAGAAUAG